AUGGCGGUAUCCAAUGAUAAUGAAACACGUGUUGCACUAUUUCAAUCAAUUGGUCUCAAUGAACAAAAAGCUCGAGAAACAUUAAAAAAUCAAGAUGUUACUCGUUUACUUGAAACAAAUAUUAAUGAAGCAAAAAAAUUUUUACCAAAAGAAAAUCAAAUAAUAAAAUCAAUUGGUAAUCUUCUUUAUGCACUUGCAACAAAAAGUAAACAACAAAUACAUCAUUUACAUCCAUAUUUAAUUAAAUAUAUAUGUGAAGAAAAGAUUAAAAAUGAUCUUCAAUUAUCAGCUGCUAUUCAAUAUCUUCUAACACAUCCCCAGGAACCAAUUGAUCACAAAGCAUUAGAAGCAAAUGCUGGUAUAGGAGUAACAGUUACACCAGAAGAAAUAGAAUGUACUAUCGAAGAAAUAAUUACACAAAAUAAAACAAAAUUACUUGAACAACGUUAUGAUUUUCCCGUGGGUAGUCUUUUAGGUGAAGCUCGAAAACGUUUACCAUGGGCCGAUGGAAAAGCAGUUAAAGCUGAAAUGGAUGUUCAAUUACUCGAUCUUCUUGGUCCCAAUGAUCAAUCAACAAAAAGUACAACACCAAAGCAAAAUACUACAAAGCCAUCGACUGGAAAAGCCAAACCAACUACAACUACAAAUAAUGAUGUUCGCGAAAAUGGUGAAACAAAUUCAUUUUCUGAUUUAAGCGGUGAAGCUUUAAAUUUUCAUAAACCAGGUGAGAAUUAUAAAACUGAAGGUUAUGUUAUGACACCAAAGACAAUGGAUCUUUUACGAGAACAUUUGAAACAAACUGGUGGACAAGUUGUUACACGAUUUCCACCAGAACCAAAUGGUAUUUUACAUAUUGGUCAUGCAAAAGCAAUUAAUUUUAAUUUUGGUUACGCUAAAGCUAAUAAUGGUAUUUGUUAUUUACGUUAUGAUGAUACAAAUCCAGAAAAAGAAGAAGAAAAAUUUUUUACGGGUAUUCUUGAUAUUAUUCAAUGGCUUGGUUAUAAACCAUACAAUAUUACUCAUGCAUCUGAUUAUUUCGAUCAAUUAUAUGAAUGGGCAAAAGAAUUAAUUCGUCGUGGUGAUGCUUAUAUAUGUCAUCAAAAAGGUGACGAAUUAAAAGGAUAUAAUGUUCCAGAAUCACCAUGGAGAAAUCGACCUAUUCAAGAAUCAUUACAAUUAUUUGAAGAUAUGAAAAAUGGAAAAUUUGCUGAAGGUGAAGCAACAUUACGUAUGAAAUAUGUUAUGGAAGAUGGUAAACUUGAUCCAGUUGCAUAUCGUAUUAAAUAUGCUCAUCAUGCUAAAAGUGGUGAUAAAUGGUGUAUUUAUCCAACAUAUGAUUAUACACAUUGUUUAAAUGAUUCAAUUGAAAAUAUUACUCAUUCAUUAUGUACGAAAGAAUUUCAAGCAAGACGUUCUUCAUAUUAUUGGUUAUGUAAUGCUCUUGAUCUUUAUUGUCCAGUACAAUGGGAAUAUGGUCGUCUUAAUCUUCAAUAUACUAUUACAUCAAAACGUAAAAUUACUAAAUUAAUUCUUGAAGGAGUUGUUAAAGAUUGGGAUGAUCCACGUUUAUAUACAAUAACUGCAUUAAGACGACGAGGUUUUCCACCAGAAGCAAUUAUUUCAUUUUGUUCACGUAUUGGUGUAACAAUGUCACAGACUGUUCUUCAUCCAGAUAUGCUUGAUGCAUGUGUACGUGAAGUCCUUAAUAUUACUGCUCCUCGAGUAAUGGUUGUUAUGGAACCAUUAAAAGUAACAAUUACAAAUUUUCCAAGUAAAAAUCUUAUGGAAUUAAAUGUACCAAAUUUUCCAGCUGAUGAAUCUCGUGGAUCACAUGCAGUUAAAUUUGAUUCAGUUAUUUAUAUUGAAAAAUCAGAUUUUAAUGAGAAACCAACGAAAGAUUAUAAACGUUUAGCACCUAAUCAACCUUGUGGAUUACGCCAUGCUGGUUAUAUUAUUACAGUUCAAGAUAUUGUUCGAGAUUCAAAUAAUGAACCAAUUGAAUUGAAAGUAACAUGUCAGAAAGUAACAGAUGAAGGUGUUUCAAAACCAAAAGGUUUUAUUCAUUGGGUAUCUCAUCCGAUUAAAUGUGAAAUUCGUCUUUAUGAUCCAUUGUUUUUUCAUUCAAAUCCGGAUGAUCCUAAAGAAGUACCUGGUGGUUUUCUUUCGGAUAUUAAUCCAAAUUCUUUAACAAUUAAUAAAAAUGCUCUUGCUGAUGAUGGCAUUAAAAAUGCUAAACCAUUCGAUAAAUUUCAAUUUGAACGCGUUGGAUUUUUUAGUGUUGAUCCAGAUUCAACUAAUGAUUAUUAUGUAUUCAAUCGAACGGUAUCAUUAAAAGAAGACAAACGAGCAUCAUAA